AUGGAUCUAGAGGUGGUGGGACGCCACGCUCUAUUCGACGACGACGACACUAGCACCUCGUUCGUUAACCCCCUCCGUUCCCACCUCAAUGAGCUUCCUCUUAUAGAUUUGAGCUCAAUUCACACCAAGCUUAGAGAAUUUCGGUUCUCUCACUUCAAUGUCACUCUAAAGCACAUUAUGUACCAGACUCCAAAUUUUACAAAGUGGAAGCGAUUCUGA